AUGUUAAAAAUCAGUAUGAUGCAAAUAUAUAUAACCAUUUCAUCAGUUUUAGAAAUAAUUAAAGUCAUUGAGAUCGUUCCAUCUGCAGCAAUAAUCUUUAAUAAUGAUCUGUUACUUUCAGCUACCCUUACUCUCAAUGACGGAACAUCAAAUACAGUAAACUUAGACGCACUAAGUUGUGUAAUCAUUAAUAGAGAAAAUUUUCUAAAGAUCGUAGACCUCGCCGAAGUAAAUGAAAAAGAUCAAAUAAUAAUCGAAGAAAACCAUGAAGUUAUUCAAGCUGAAGAUAUUAAUCUUGAUAGACAACCUAGUGAUCUAUCAUUAGAAAUAGAAAUGGACAUUCAAGAAAAUACUGCACAAAAUACGGAAUCGAGUUUUGAUUUAGAAGAAGAUGGCACUGAUAAUAAUGGAUUCGAUAAUCCUAUUUCACAACUUCUUGAAGAGAAUGAAUUUAGUGACACAGAUGAAAAGAUAGAUGAAAUUAUAUUUGAUUCUUUAAUUCUGUCAAGUGGAAUCAGUUCAGCAAAGAGCAACAUUACAAAGUAUAAAUAUAAUAUAAAUGAAGCGUUCAAAGUUGCAAAAAAUAAUUAUACUAAGAAUGAUCGCAGUGGUAUAGAAUAUGCUCCUUCAACAUUAACAGAAGAUAGUCCACUACCAAGUGUUAAUGAAGCCUUAGCGGUUUUACAAUCAAACGAAUAUCCGGUAACUUCAUCGCGUGAAAAAAGUAAUGAUAUUGUCGUCUUAUAUAAAAGGAGAAAAAAGAACAAGUCCAAUAUAAAUAAAGAUCGUACCCCAGAAAACCAGCUUAAUUAUGAGAAUGUUAAUAAUCCUCAG